CUUGGAGUUACUAUGAAACGUCGUCGCUUCAUUCUCCUUGUACUUCUCACUCUCUUACUCAACCAUCUCAAGUCUCAACUAUGGUAAAAGCCGCGAAAAUAUCAAAUACGACGACGUUUUCUGCCUACUCUCCGCUCUCGAGUUGAAACCCGUCGCAAGUGCUUACUGCGAAAUCUGAUACGCUAAACUCCGGCAAUGUCAUCUCCGCCGUCUCCGCCGCUCGGGGCUGCUCCGCCUCAAACUUCGCCACCGUCUCCUCCUCUGGGGGCUGCUGCUCCGAUCCCGGCAUCGCCGGCGCCGCCGCUCGGCCCACCGUCUCCCGUUGUUCUGCUGUUCCCGCCGCCUACUCUCCAGGACGGCACUCCGCCGGCGGCGGCCGGCGGGUCUUUCCCGAGGUCAGGCAACAACAGGACAUUGUUGGCGCUGGGAGUGGGGAUAGGUAUUGGCGGGGCUAUUGUGCUGGUUUGCGUGGGCAUUUUCGUCAUUUUGUACAGGAGGAAGAGGAAGCGUCUUGAAAAGGACGAACUUGCUUAUGCUCCUCGCCAAUCGCGGGGUCCUAAAGACGACCCAGAACAGCCUAAACCACCACCAUCAAGUUGUGAUCUCAUUGGACUGGCAAAGCCUACUACUAAUUCCCACCCUAAAACUGGAGUACCUUGCACAAAAACUACCUUCACAUACGAAGAACUCGCACUUGCAACCGACAAUUUCUCAGGCAUCAACCUGCUAGGUCAAGGUGGGUUUGGAUAUGUUCAUAAGGGAGUUCUUUCUGAUGGAAAAGUGGUCGCGAUUAAGCAAUUGAAGGUUGGGAGUGGUCAAGGAGAACGUGAGUUUCAGGCAGAGGUCGAGACCAUAAGUCGUGUUAAUCAUAAGCAUUUAGUGUCACUGGUUGGGCACUGCAUUUCAGGGACUCAAAGAUUAUUGGUAUAUGAAUAUGUUUCGAAUCGAACCUUGGAAUUUCAUUUACAUGGGAAGGGAAGGCCUUCUGUAAACUGGGCCACUAGGAUGAAAAUUGCCAUGGGCUCUGCAAAAGGAUUAGCAUAUUUGCACGAAGACUGUCAGCCUAAGAUAAUACAUCGUGAUAUCAAGUCUGCUAACAUUCUUCUUGAUGAUAAUUUUGAGGCAAAGGUUGCUGAUUUUGGGCUUGCAAGGCUCUAUUCAGAGACGGAUACUCAUGUAUCAACUCGGGUAAUGGGAACUUUUGGUUAUUUAGCUCCGGAAUAUGCUCUUACUGGAAAGCUGACUGAUAAGUCAGAUGUCUUCUCAUUUGGAGUUGUACUGUUGGAGUUAAUCACUGGACGCCGGCCGAUUGAUAAAUCACAAAACUACCUUGAUGAUAACAUCAUUGAUUGGGCAAGGCCUUUGCUUACGCAGGCUUUGGAAAAUAACAACUUCGAUGGUGUGGCUGAUCCAAAGUUGCAGAAGGAUUAUAACUCCAUUGAGAUGGCUCGGAUGGUUGCUUGUGCUUCUGUCUGUGUGCGCCAUUUGGCUCGACGUAGGCCACGAAUGAGUCAGAUAAUCCGUGCUCUAGAAGGAAGUUUAGCUUUGGAAGAACUAAAAGAGGGUUCUCAUCCUGGAGACAGUGGAACAUACGAUUCGUACGGAAGCUCGGAUUACGAUGCCUCUUACGACACCAUGCAUUACAAAGAGGAUUUGCUGAAAUUUAGAAAGAUGGCCUUUGAAAGCCUCGAGAACAACACAAGUGAGUAUAGUGUCCCCACUAGCGAUUUUGGCCGCCAGCCAUCUGGCUCGAGUAGCGAGGGUUUCGAGAAUCUUAAAAUGGAGUUGCCGGAAGAAUCACGACCGCCGCUAGAGGAAAUCGAGCCGCCGCCGCUCGAGGACGCCGGCCUCGAGGACUGCGCGCUGCCGCCGGAGUCCAUCAUGGAGGCGUUCCUGAUAGCCGCGUCCGCCGCCGGAUCGGUCGUCCCCUCAUCCGACGAGGACGAGCCCGGGGACCUCGACGGCGGAGAUCGGCGGGAGGAUCUAUCCGAAGACGUCCCCGCAGGGAAAGAAGAAGGCGCCGCCGCCGAGGAUGGCGACGAGCUGGUGGAGGUAUUUGCAGAGAAGGCGUCGGUUAGCGGCGGCGGCUGCUAUUUGGGAGGCGAAUCGGGUGCGACGGUGGGACCCGGCUCGCUGGCGGUUGGCGGGUUGCAGGGGCUGGAGGGUAUUUCUGUGAAAGAACAAGUUUAG